AUCGAUGAUUUUAGUGCAAUCACCAGAGAAGGCCUGCGCUUUUAUUCGAUUUAUUGGUUCUAAUUUGUUCUUUUUAAGCUAACAGAGGCCAACGCGAAGAGUGUUCGGAGCUGGGAGAAGGCUAAGAAAGAAACGCAUAGUUUUUGCUAUAUUGAGUCCAUUUUUCCUGAAGACCAGACCUCCUGACCUGAAGCGGGAGAAAAUCUUUUUUUCCCCUCUUUUUAGUCUAUUUUGGGACAAAUAUAUUUUGAUUUUACCCUCAGGAGAUUCCUGAAUCCCGAGAUCUCUGGUAGAUCCAGCUAUAGAUCUGGCCUUUUCAGUGGAGCCACUGUCUCCUUUACAUGCAAAAAUAAAGCAACUUCUUUGCUUCAGUAUAUGUAUGUUUGAUGGGUAGAAAAUCGAUUUGAAGAAAAAGGACAUCCUUUCAUGGGGGAAGAAGCACCGGAAAACCUUCUAGAGGGACUUGACAAAUUUUCACCUCUUCAGAGUGAUUCAGAAUCCCAAGGCUAUCAGACAGCUACAACCAUAGGCGACAAGAUAUAUGUUAUUGGAGGAUCUGAUGAUGGAGCCAAGUUGUCGAUGAAUGUCAAAGUUUUCAAUAAGUUAACCAGAAUAUGGUCGAUUCCUACUGUAUUGGGUACAAAACCUGUGCCAUCUAAAGGUCACUCAGCUGUUCUUUUGAAUAAUGAUCGGAUAUUGAUUCUUAUGAGGGACUCUCCACUGAAUGACGGCACCUGGUUUCUUGAGGUGAGCACCCCUUUUGUCAAGGAGAAGAAUAAGAUACUUGGCACAGAGGUGGUUGCCUGGAGCAAGGGGGUCAGAGGUGAUGGGCCAAAGCCAAUUGUAAUCAGUGGCCCUUCUGGAGUUGGUAAAGGUACCCUAAUAUCCAAACUUAUGAAGGAAUUUCCAUCAACUUUUGGGUUUUCUGUAAGUCACACAACACGAGCUCCAAGAGAGAAGGAAGUAGAUGGAGUUCAUUACCACUUCACGGAAAGAAGUAAAAUGGAGAAAGAAAUAAAAGAUGGGAAAUUCCUUGAAUCUGCAUCAGUUCAUGGAAACCUUUAUGGAACAAGCAUUGAAGCAGUUGAAGCAGUUACGGAUGCUGGCAAGAGAUGCAUUCUUGACAUCGAUGUUCAAGGUGCUCGAUCAGUGAGGGCUAGUUCUCUGGAAGCAAUAUUCAUCUUUAUCUGCCCCCCAUCACUUGAAGAGCUUGAGAAGCGUCUUCGUGAACGAGGAACUGAGACUGAGGAACAGGUACAGAAGAGACUGAGAAAUGCGAAGGCAGAGCUUGAUCAAGGAAAAUCUCCUGGUCUUUUUGAUCAUAUCUUAGUGAAUGAUGAUCUUGAAACAUGCUAUAAGAAUCUUAAGCAAACACUUGGUUUGGAUGAGACUGCUGAUGCUUCGCAUCAACCAUCUAUGAAGAAUUACCAGAUCCCCUUAUGUCACUCCAUAUCUAAAAAAGAUAAAAAAAUUCUGAUACAUGGUGGAAGUAAUGAGCUGGGAGCAGCAACCCCUACCUCGUUCUUGCUCGAUGCCUCGUCGCUUAAAGGAGGUGCUCCUGGCCGGACGAGAGGACCGAAAAUAUAUGCUAUUGACUCAUUAAUUGAUAGUCUAAAUUGGAUCGAACAACUUUAGCAACCUAGCAACCUACAGAAAUGAUAAACCUAAUCAAGUUGUAUGCAUCAGCAUGAUAUCUCUCUUUUGGUUCAACUUGACCUAAAGUUAACAAAAUCUACACUCAGAUGUAGAGGAAUGUGGUUGUCGUGUUCAAAUUGCAUGAGAAAUAGGCUCAAUGUGAUUUGUACUCUUAUUACAGCAAAAAUUUUACUGGAGACAUGAUUUUACAUUCUUACUUUGUAGCUCAGAACUAAAUUUAUUAUACUCUUCACUAGGAAAUAGGAGACAAUAAAAUGCAUGAGUCUGUUCUGGAUGCAUUAAAAUUUCUUUUAGUACUUUAUGCUAA